GAAAGCAAGAAAAAAACAGAAAAGGCUAAAGUGCUACUCUCCUACUGCUGGCAACUACUAAUAAAAACAGUGAUUAAUUAUAACUAGUACUAGUUGUCAUUAUAAGGGUGCUGAACCACCACAAUUAACUUAAUAAGUAGCACCCACAUCUCUCUCUCUCUCUCUCUCUCUCUCUCCAUUCGUUGCUGAAGCAAUGGAUAAUCAACGCAGUCCUCUUCUCACUUGGGCUUACUACUGCCAGGGGAAGAGCAUGGAUGAGCUGAGGCAAUCUCUUCUGUUCACCACUCUGGAGCUGGAAACAACAAGGCUGAAAGCGGAGGAGGAAAUCAAAAUCCGAGAUGCCCAAUUCACCCAUCUCAAAAACCUCCUCUCCGAAGCCAUCAGAGAGAGAGACGAAGCGCAAGACAAGUGCCAUAGGCUCCUCUUCGAAAAACUCUUCCUCCAACAACAACAGCAGCAGCAGCAGCAACCAGCUCCGCUCUCCGGUGUAUCGAGCAUAGAAGACUUGGACGAACCCAGACGAGGCCUCGACUCCAACAACGGAUUCUCCUCCUCCGAUUGCGAAGAAAGCAUCGUUUCAUCGCCACCCCAAUUGCCGCCGCCACCACCGCAGCCACCGUCAGUUGAAGAGCCUCCUAUCCUUCCACUGGUGAGCGACAAACCCUUGCCGGAAAAAGGGAAGCUUUUGCAAGCGGUGAUGAAAGCAGGGCCACUGCUUCAGACCCUGCUCCUGGCUGGUCCACUGCCGCAGUGGCGCCACCCUCCGCCGCCAAUUGACUCCUACCAGAUCCCCCCGCCGCCGGUGGCCAUUCCGCCUCCGCCGCAACUCCUCCACCAAGACUCCUUACUCAGCAUUGGUACUUCUUGCAACAACAUGGACAAUUCUGUUAGCGUUAAUAAUAGGAAGAGAGGUUUUUGUGUACAAGGGUCUGAUUCUCCGACAGAGGCCAAGUACCAGAGACUUGUUCUGCAAUGACGACUACCAAGUACCAGGGACUUGUUCUGCAAUGACGACUACCACUAUUGAAGGGUGAUCUAGUAAAUUUACAUCGUUGGAGGGUAAUUUCUUAGUAUUUUUUGCAGUAGUUAAAGUCUAGUGAGCAAGAUUUAUUAACUGGGUUCAGAUCCAUUUUAGUUUUUAAUGAUUAGUUUGAUCGAAUUUUCGUGUGUGGUGAGUAGUUGUACAGAGGUUUAUUUCA